AUGGAGAACAACAACAACAACCAGUCGUUUUGGCAAUUCAGCGAUCAACUUCGUGUUCAAGGCACCAACUUUGCAAAUCUCACAGUUAAUGAUUCGAUUUGGAGCAAUUCGUACAGCAAGAGGCCUGAUGAAAGGAGGAAUUUCGAUAUAAAGGUAGGCGGCGAUGUCAGUCCUCUGAUCAAUUUAACCCCAAAAGGGUCUGAUUUCAAUGGUUUCAACGACUCUUGGGUGGACAAUCUGAAGCCAAAAGGGUCCUCUGACUCCAACGGCUCCAACGAUGGCUGGAACAGCUUCAAGCCAAAAGCUUCAGAGCUCAACAAUGGCUUCAACGACAGAUGGAACAAUUUCAAGCCAAAAGCUUCAGAAUUUAACGCUUUUAACGAGGGCUGGAAGCUUGGUGCUUCUGCUGCUGCUGGGACGGUUCUUGGCGGCGGCUCGCAGCUCAAUGGCGGCUUCAACAAGGGGAUUUACUCGAAGCCUGCAAUUUACAACAACAACAACAACAACAACAACAUGGUCAAUUUGAAGCCCUACAAGAACAAGGCUCAUGAGGAAGAUCUUGUUCAUGGCGGCAAAGUUGGGAAGAAGAACAACAACAAUUCUAGCAAGAAGAAAGCUGGUGGAGAUGACAACAACAAGGACAGCAAGGGCGCUGUGGACAAAAGGUUCAAGACUCUGCCACCAGCUGAGUCUCUGCCUAGAAAUGAAACCAUUGGUGGAUAUAUCUUUGUCUGCAACAAUGAUACCAUGCAAGAAAAUCUCAAGAGGCAGCUUUUUGGUUUGCCUCCACGUUAUCGUGAUUCAGUGAGGGCGAUAACUCCGGGGUUGCCCCUUUUCCUCUACAACUACUCCACCCACCAACUCCAUGGAAUUUUUGAGGCUGCAAGUUUUGGAGGCACCAACUUUGAUCCAACGGCCUGGGAGGACAAGAAGUGCCCUGGCGAGUCACGUUUCCCAGCUCAGGUUCGAGUUUUUACCAGGAAAGUUUGUGAACCACUUGAGGAAGACUCAUUCAGGCCAAUUCUUCACCACUACGAUGGCCCUAAAUUCAGGCUUGAACUUAGUGUACCAGAGGCGCUGUCUCUGUUGGAUAUAUUUGCAGACCAGAACCCUUGA